AUGGAAUUAAUAAUCAACUAAAUUUCUCUCUUUGUUUAAGGCUCUUUGAUUUUAGAAUAAUUCAUUUGGAGUUUACCUUUGAUGAUAUAAUUCACUUUGGGAGUCAUGAAUGAACUACAAAAUAUAGCAUAUAUUAAUAUAUUGUCUACUAAAAAACUUUUCAGUACAGCAUCUGAUAUGGAUUUAAUUACGAUAUUGGCUAGACCCAAUACAUUCCUAAAAAAUUCAACUAUUUUAUCAUAUAUCCCUUUGGCAUAUUUAUGCAUUUUUGUUCUUUGUUGCGUUUGCUUUAUUUAUAUUGUGAAAAGUAGAUCAUAAAAUUUAGUCAUUGAAUUAUAAAUUGCCUUCAACACCAACAAUUAUAUAAAGAUGCUUUUUACAUUUAUAAAUGUCUCAAUUAGUGUAAUUAAGUAAGCACUUGGAUACAUAUUAUUAGACAUCUGCUUUUAGACGAUUUAAGAAAACAUGAAUAAUAUCAUACAAGUCACUCUUAACUUAAUUACUAUUACAGGAAUUUUUAUUUUAAUUCUUUUCUUUACGAAUAUGUUUUCGUAUAAUUGGGCAUUAGAUUUUCAAAGAGAACAUUUAAUGAUAAAUGAAUCUAAUCUAACUUAUUAUAGAAUAUUUAUAAAACUUUUAUAGCUAACUUUUAUGUUGUAUGUUUAAGAUAAUUAAAUAGUUCGAAUAACUUAAUCACUCUUACCAGUGAUAUCGUCAUUGAUAUAACUAUAUUAAAUGUAAAAACUAAAAUAAUUAAUCUAUGGUUACUAUUAUAAAGUCAUACUAGCUAUUAAUCUGAUCAUUAUAACAGUAUGUUUGCAACACUUAUUGCAUGAAUUAUUACCAUAGCAUAAAUUUUAAGAUAUAUGGAUUUUACUAUUUAUUUUACCUUUCUUUUAUUUUCAAAAUUAAAUUAAAAAAGAUUUAUUAGAAAAUUUUAUAAAUUUCUAAAAUUCUAGUAUUGAAAAUUGCAACAUUGUUCUAUUCUAAAUUAUAUACAACAUUACUAGAUAAAAGGAUUUAUUCAAUUUAUAAAUCAUUUAUCUAAUGUUUUUAUAAAAGCAUUCCAAAACCUGUUAUAAACUUGAAUGUCCUUGUAAACAAAGACUUUUAACAAAGAAUUUUUAAUAAAUCUCUUAUGAAAUUUAUUUUAAAGAACUUUUAUCAUAAUAUGAACAAUAAAUAUCUACAUUAUCAUUUAAAUGUACCUAAGACUAAAUAAUAUUUAGUUAUUUACAAUUAUUAUUUUUUUAGAAGUAAUACCUAAUAAUUUAUUAGUAUUUCUAAAUAAUAUUUCAAAAAUCUAAUAGUGCUAAAAUUCAAAAUUAAAUUUUAAUGUCAGAAAAUUACAAAUUCAAAAAAAAAGUAUUUAAAAUUAAUAAUUUACAUAAAUUGAUUGUUCUGAAAGUAGCUUAGGAUUUAAUGAGAUUAGAUAUUGCUUAAUAAUUUUCUAAUUAAAAAAAUAGUGGAUUAAUUGAAUCUUAAAAAACUCAUUCAGCUAUUAAGGAAUUUCUUUUAGCAGAAACUCAAUGUCUUGAAAUUAAAAAAAUCCUAAAUUAAGUCUUAUAAUGCAAAAUCAACUACAUGGAAAAAGUAUAUUCAACUAUAUCCAAAUAAAGCCUAGAGAAAUUGGCUUAUAAAUCUAUAUAAAACUAAAUAGAUGGACUAAAAUAAUUAAAGAUUUGUUUAUAAAAAACAUCAGGUAUAAAGAAUUUGUUAUUUUCUAGAUUAGAAGUCACAAAAUAUAUUAGCAUUUUACCAUAUGGAAAUAUUGAAUGAUAUGAUUUCUUCCUAGAAUCAAAAUUCAAUAUUCAAUAGUAAUGAUGAAUUCAAUUUCAAAUUUAAUUUUUCAUACUUGACAAAUGAAUUCUCCAAUUUGAUAAUCUAAAUAAACAAUAAGUAAAGUAUUAAAAUUUUGAAAUGCAGUUAUAACCAAAAAGAUAAGUUUGAUAAAUUAGAUAUUUUGAACUUUUAAGAUAUGAUACCUAAUUAUAUUUAAAUUUCUCAUAUGAAAUUAAUCGAAAAUUUUAUUGCAGGUAAUAAAAACAAAUUUUAUUAAUAAAUAAAUGAAUCUUAUAUUUAGGUAUCACCAUGUUUGUGCAAGAAGAUUGAUCUAUUAAUGGAUUUAAGUUAAUUAAAUUUAACAUCUAUUGAGAUGGUUAUAUUUUUUUGUAAAAAAAAAGAUAAUUAAUAUAGUAUUUUUUUAGAUGAAACAAAAAAAAUUAUUAAUAUAGAUGAGGAACUUUUUACUGAUAUAUUAAAUAUUGAUGGAGUUUUUGCUUAAUAUUUUAUUGGUUUGGAUAUGAAUGUUAUUUUCGAGAAUAUCGAUUAAUUAACAUAAGAUUAAAUUCAUAAUUAAUAGACUUUUUAUUUUGUAGAUCCAAAUAAAAUAACUUCAUCUUAUUUUAUUAAAUCUUAAUAAGUAAAAAUCUAGUCUUUAUGGAAUUAUACUUAAUCUUUAAUAUGCUAUUAAUGUGAUUUAUAAUUUACCAAAAAAAGAAAUGAAUUUGGAUCUAAUUAUUAUGAAUUCAUAAUAAAAAGUCCAAAACGUAUAUGUAAUAAUGGAGAUACUUAUAUAUCGUAGUUUAAACAAUCAGAAAAUUUAAUUACAAUUACACCCUUAGAUGAAUCUAUAAUAGUAGAUAAACCUUAUGCAAUAGAUUAGAGUUUAAAUGAUGAAAAGUUAUAUAGUUAAUAGUUUUUAUAAAAAUCUGAAAUAGUAUGUUAAAAUUUGAUGCAAUCGGAUAUUUAAUAAGAUUAAUAAUUUGUUACUAUGAAAAAUAAUGAAGAAGAAUAAAAUUUUAGUGAAUAAAUAGAUUAAAAUACUGUGAGAAAAAAAGAUAACGAUAAAAAAUUAAAAACUGAAGGGAUAUCUUCUUAAUAAUCUGCAAUCUCAGCUAUGUAAAAAUCAAUUUAUUAUCGAUAAUUUUCUCUUGUUAAUAAUCUUUCAACUUCAAAAAAGGUUCCUUAAAUUUUCAAAAGAAUGAUAUUUUUUAGAAUAUUUUUGAUUAUUUUAUCGAUAGUUGGAUUUAGUUUGGUAAAUCUUUUAUUAAACUUAGUAUUUAUAUGAAAUUGAUUUGUUCCAUUUUUUUCAGGAGGAUUUCAAAUUAUUAAGUAUGAAAAAUGAUAUAUUUUAUCCUAUUUUAUCCUUUUAAUUGAUUCGAUUGUCAAUAGUUAAUUACAAUGUAGAACUAUUUUAUAAAUUAAUCACCUAAUAGUAAUUCGUAGAAUUAUUAAUUUAUCCUAAUUCUAAAUUAAUUGGAAGUUAUGAUAAAUUAAAGAUUGGAAUUUCAAAUAUCAUAUCUGAACCUAUUUUUUUUUCUUUAUAUCAGGAUUAAUACUUAAAUUUAUAAUUUUUAUCAAAAGGAAAUAUUGGGGAAAACAAUGAACUUGAUCUUCGAAAUAGUUUGAUAACAUUAUUAAAUUAUUAAUUUGAUACUUAAAAUGCGUAUAUUGAGAAAGGAUAAGCUGAUUAUGAAAGCUCUUACUUUUAUUACAAUUACAAGAAUUUGCAUACUUUAUUAAGUGCUUUUACAGAAGCAAAUUAAAUUGCUUAUGAGGCUUAAUAAUCAAAUUUAGAGAAAUUUUAGUAAAAAAUAUUAGUCCUCUUUUUUAUUUUAUUUUUUUUUUUAGUAUUGAUAUAAUUCAUCAUAACAUUUUCUCAUUUACUAUUAUAAAUAUAGAAAGAAAAACUCAAACUGUUACUUUUUAAUUAAGAUUAAAGUUUCUUAAAUUUAGAAAUCCAAAGAUUUACAUUACUUUAAGAAUUAAUUGAUUAAAACUAUCCUUAAAUAUAAAAUUAUAAACUUAAUUUUUAAGAAAAAGAUGAAUAUUUUGAAAAAGUUAAAUCUCUAAGCAAUCAACAUUAAAGAAAUUAAAUGAAAAAGAACACAAUUGUUGGUUAAUUUUAUAAUCCGAAAGCAAUUUUGCUUACUUUAACUCAUUUUGUGAUAUUGGCAUUGGCAUUUAUCAUAUUGACAAUAAAAAUAUAUGAUACAUAUGGAAAAAUCAAAUAAACUGGUUAAUUAUAUGAAAUGUUUGCUAAUUUAAAUAUAAAUAUUUUAAGUUUAUAUUAAUCAAGAGAAAUUUUAUAUUAUAAAAUUGCAUUGCCUUUUUUAAAUUAAACAGAUUUAGAUUAAUAUAAUAAAAUUGCUUAAAAUGGAAUAGUAGGAUUGGAAGAAUUCAUAGAUCAGUAAUGGACAUUUUAAUCAAAUAAUUAUUUCUUUGAUUCAGAAUUUUUUAAUCUUUUAAUUAAGUUCAGUAAUGAGAAUUUCUGUGAAGAAUUACUGGUAAUUUUAUACAAUAGAUUUUUGGCAAUAGACAAAUCUUUUAAUAUUUGUAAUAAUACACUUGGAGGAGUUUUGUAGAAAGGAAUUUCAUCUGCAUUGAUUGAUAUAAAGAAUCAAAUAAAAACUGAAUUUGAAGAUACAAAUUUUACAAUAAGAAAAAAUUACCCAAUUUUAGAAUUAGAGGGAAUUACAAUUUUAAGUUAUGGUUUAUAAUACUUAAUGGAAACAUUUUAUUAAGAUUGGUUUUUUUAUAAUUAGAAAGUGGAAGUGAAUUAUAAUGUAAGAUGUUAAAUAUUAUUUAGAUUAUAACUAUAAUUUGUUUAUGUGUUUCAAUACUCAAUGGAUUACUCUUACUUAAAUUUGAUUAGAUGAUAUAAUUUAGAAAUUAUAAAUUAUUGACUAAAUUUAUUUAUUCUGUUCCUCUGGCAUCAAUUUUAUUUGAUGACAACUUUUUACGGAACACUAGAAGUUAUUUUGUGAAUGAAAAAUUGAUUUGA